AUGAGCCUCAAAAAACAGGGACGGACCUCAGCCAGGCGCUACAAAUACCGGUGUUUCUCGAGACAGCCUGCCCUGAACAGCUGCUCACCGGCGCACACCACGGCCACCACUUUUCUUAACCACACCUGGACCCAGGCGCCUCGGCGGCGACGACCUUCCCUCCCCGUCACCAGCCGCGUCUACCCACAGCUGCUACCACACCAUUACUACCACCAGGGCCAGCGGCUCCAGCAGCAGCGAGCCCCCACGCCCGCGGAAGUAGGGACCACCCCGGCCGCCAUGGGAGUGACAGGCAGCCCCUCGAGCACGCAAGCCGCGCCCGGGAGCACACAAGAUGGGCCCUCAACCGGGGCGGCCAAUCACACCGCGUCCAGGGAUCCAGGCGCGCCGAAUCCGUCUGGGGCCGCAGCAGGGCACGCCACAGAUCUUCGCGAGAGUGCAGGCGAGCAUGGAGAAGCGGCUGCGGGAGGACACGAGGAAGCAGAGGGACCACCAGCAGCUGCAGGGGUCGAGGGGGUUGUAGGGGGAGGAGGAGCAUCUGGUGGCGGUGGCGGCGAUCCGAAGGCCCUCCCGCCUCCGACUGAGGGCGGAGGCGUGCGGACCCUCGAGGUGGAUGGGAAGCCUAUUAGCCUGGACCAUAUGGGGCCUAUGGUGGUUCACAAGGACGGCACUCUGUCCAGGAUCAGUAACUGGGGUGAGAUGACCGAGAUUGAGCGGCAGAACACGCUGCGGAUCCUGGUGAAGAGGAAUCAGGUCAGGCUAGGCGCUCUGAGGCAAGGAUUGCAGACGGAGAGUGAUGAGACAAAGUAA